AUGGAUUCAAGUAGCUCUCAAUUAGAGUCCCAAGAGCAAGCACUAAAUCAACAACUUCCUUUUCUCGACACUUCCCAAUUAACCCAUAAAACCCUCUUCAUUCCUUCCAAAUUCAUUUGGCCAAAAGGGGAUUUAGUAGACGCUUAUGAAAAGUUGAGUGAACCACAUAUCGACCUUGAAGGGUUCCUCAAGGGCGAUAAAGAGGCCACCAUUGAAGCAUCCAAGCUCGUGAGGAAAGCCUGUUUGAAACAUGGCUUCUUCCAAGUUACUAACCAUGGCGUCGACCAAAAUCUCUUGGCCAUUGCCCUUGAUAAAAUGGGCACUCUUUUUAACCUCCCUUUUAACCUUAAGAGUAGGGCUUCCCACGCCCGAGCUGCCAAAAUGUGGGGCUUUUCCACUGCCCAUUCUAAUCGCUUUUCCUCGAAGCUGCCAUGGAAAGAAACUUUCUCAUUUGGGUUCGACCAUUCUUGCAAUAGCUCCAAUAAUGAACCACCUGUUGUUGAUUUCUUCUCUUCUACUUUAGGCAAGGAAUUUGAAGAAAUAGGGGUUAUAUAUGAAAAAUACUGCGAAGCAAUGAAGGAGCUUUCACUAGCAUUGACGGAGCUUUUGGGGCUAAGCUUGGGAUUGGAGAGAUCGCAUUUCCGCAAAUUUUUCGAAGAUGGAAGCGCCAUAAUGCGAUUGAACAGCUACCCAAUUUGCGAACAAGGCGGCGUGGCCCUCGGCACUGGCCCUCACUGCGAUCCAACAGCCUUGACCAUCCUCCACCAGGAUCAGGUCGGCGGCCUCGAAGUGUUGGCCAACAACAAAUGGCACUCCGUUCCUCCCUCUCCUAAUGCACUUGUCGUUAACAUUGGCGACGUCUUCAUGGCAUUGUGCAACGGAGAAUACAAAAGCUGCGUGCAUAGGGCGGUGGUGAACAAGCACAAGGAGAGGAGGUCAUUAGCAUUUUUCCUUUGUCCGAGGAAUGACAAGGUGGUAAGGCCACCGGAGAAACUUAUCACCGGCGACGGGUCGAGAAACUUCCCAGAUUUUUCCUGGUCGGAGCUGUUUGAAUUCACACAGAAACACUACAGAGCCGAUGCUGUAACUCUUCAAAACUUCACCAAAUGGAUCGUGUCGUCGAGGCCAUAUGGUGUUUAG